UGUCGAUCAACUAGCAGUCACUGUAUGCGGCUCUUUCCGUAUAGUCACGCGGGACGCGAAUCAACUACCCAUCGCACGGGAAUGUGAACCGUGGCUGUGUGUUCACCCCCCACCCCUUCAUCCGUGUCUGCAUCCGUCUCUGUUUGUUUGUGUGUGUUCUCGCCGGUGCUCUCUUGAUUCGGUAACCGGGGGAUGAUGGCGGACCCGGCGGAGUGCACCAUUAAAGUAAUGUGCCGCUUCAGGCCCUUGAACAGCUCGGAGGUGACGAGAGGGGACAAAUACGUCGCCAAAUUUCAGGGCCUUGACAACGUCGUGGUCGGGGGUAAGCCAUAUAUGUUUGACAGAGUUUUCCAGUCAAACACAACUCAGGAGCAAGUGUACAAUGCCUGUGCUCAAGAAAUCGUCAAAGAUGUGCUUGGAGGAUAUAAUGGAACCAUUUUUGCCUAUGGUCAGACAUCCUCGGGCAAAACACACACAAUGGAAGGAAAUCUCCAUGACACUGAUGCAAUGGGAAUCAUUCCCAGAAUAGUGCAGGACAUCUUUAACUACAUUUACUCUAUGGAUGAAAAUCUGGAGUUCCACAUUAAAGUGUCAUAUUUCGAGAUUUAUCUAGAUAAGAUUCGAGACCUGUUGGAUGUUUCAAAGACUAAUUUAUCUGUACAUGAAGAUAAAAACAGGGUUCCUUAUGUCAAGGGUUGCACAGAGCGAUUUGUUUGCAGUCCAGAGGAAGUUAUGGACACCAUUGAUGAGGGCAAAUCCAACAGACAUGUAGCAGUGACAAAUAUGAAUGAACACAGCUCAAGGAGUCACAGUAUCUUCCUGAUCAAUGUAAAGCAGGAAAACACACAGACAGAACAGAAGCUCAGUGGGAAGCUCUACCUGGUCGAUCUGGCAGGCAGCGAGAAGGUCAGUAAAACUGGAGCUGAAGGUGCAGUACUAGAUGAAGCCAAAAACAUCAACAAGUCUCUAUCAUCACUGGGCAACGUGAUAUCCGCCUUAGCCGAGGGCUCGACGUACAUUCCAUACAGAGACAGUAAGAUGACCAGGAUCUUGCAGGAUUCUCUGGGGGGUAACUGCAGGACUACCAUUGUCAUCUGCUGUUCUCCCUCCUCAUACAAUGAGUCUGAGUCCAAAUCCACACUCAUGUUCGGACAGCGGGCGAAGACUAUCAAGAACACAGUGAGUGUGAAUGUUGAGCUGACAGCAGAGCAAUGGAAGAAGAAAUACGAGAGAGAGAAGGAGAGAAACAAGAAUCACCGAAACACCAUCACAUGGCUUGAGAAUGAACUCAACCGCUGGAGAAAUGGAGAGAGAGUACCUGCUGAGGAACAGUAUGAUAAGGAGAAGAUGAAUGCUGAAGUGUUGGCAAUGGAUAACACAAUUAAUAACGAUAAAUUUGCAUCCACACCAAGUUUGACGCCCAUGCCAGGGAUGCUUAGUGCAGGAAAAGAAAAAUGUGAGGUUGAACUUGCCAAAAUGUACAAGCAGCUGGACGACAAGGAUGAAGAGAUUAAUCAGCAGUCUCAGCUGGUGGAGAAGCUGAAGCAGCAGAUGUUGGACCAGGAGGAGCUGCUGGCCUCAUCACGGCGAGACCAUGAUAACCUGCAGGUAGAACUGACUCGUCUGCAGAUGGAAAACGAGGCAUCCAAAGAGGAAGUGAAGGAGGUGCUCCAGGCUCUGGAGGAACUUGCUGUCAACUACGAUCAAAAGAGUCAAGAGGUGGAGGACAAGUCUAAGGACUUUGAAGCCCUAAGCGAAGAACUUAACCAGAAAUCUAGUAUCCUGGCAUCUAUAGACUCAGAGCUGCAGAAACUGAAGGUAAUGGCUAAUCAUCAGAAGAAAAGGGUGACUGAUAUGAUGUCAUCACUGCUCAAGGACCUGACGGAGAUUGGUAUUGCAGUGGGCAACAAUGACAUCAAGCAGCAUGAGGGCAGUGGUAUUAUAGAUGAAGAGUUCACUGUGGCUAGACUCUAUAUCAGUAAGAUGAAGUCAGAAGUGAAAACGAUGGUUAAACGCUGCAAGCAGCUUGAAAACACACAGUCCGAGAGCAACAAGAAGAUGGAUGAAAAUGAUAAGGAGCUCGCUGCAUGCCAGUUACGCAUUUCUCAGCACGAAGCGAAAAUUAAAUCUCUGACAGAGUAUCUGCAGAAUGUAGAGCAGAAGAAGAGACAGCUGGAAGAGGACGUGGACUCACUCAGUGAGGAGCUGGUCAAAAUCAAUGCAGAGGAGAAAGUUCAUGCAAUGGAGAAAGAGAGUGAGAUUCAGAGUGCCAAUGAGAUCAAGAAGCAAAUCCAGAGUCACAGAGAAGCUCAUCAGAAACAGAUCAGCAGCCUGAGAGAUGAGCUGGAAACCAAAGAGAAACUCAUCACUGAUCUACAGGAUCUGAAUCAGAAGAUCAUGUUGGAGCAGGAGCGUUUAAGGGUGGAACAUGAGAAACUCAAAUCCACUGACCAGGAGAAGAGCCGCAAACUAAACGAGCUCACUAUGAUGCAGGACCUCAGGGAACAGGCAAGACAGGAUUUGAAAGGCUUAGAGGAGACUGUGGCCAAGGAGCUGCAGACUCUGCACAACCUUAGAAAGUUGUUUGUUCAGGAUCUGGCAACUCGUGUUAAAAAGAGUGCAGAGAUGGACUCUGAUGAAACAGGUGGCAGUGCUGUUCAAAAGAAGAAGAUCUCUUUUCUGGAGAACAAUCUAGAACAACUCACCAAGGUUCAUAAACAGCUGGUGCGUGAUAACGCUGACCUGCGCUGUGAGCUUCCUAAAAUGGAGAAGCGCCUUCGGGCGACAGCGGAGCGUGUGAAAGCUCUGGAGUCAGCACUCAAAGAGGCCAAAGAGAACACGGCCCGCGACCGCAAACGUUACCAGCUAGAAGUCGACCGCAUCAAAGAGGCUGUGAGAGCCAAGAACAUGGCCCGUAGAGGACAUUCCGCACAGAUAGCUAAACCCAUCAGGCCUGGACAGCAUUCUGUAGCUUCUCCAACUCACCCUAACGUGCUACGCGGUGGAGGUGGCAUUCUCCUCCAGCACAUCCAACCAAUGCCCUUCAGAGGAGGCGGAGCCAAGUUGGAGAAGAGCUGAAGAUGAGUUUCCCUCAUUACCAAUGAUGCAGAAUGCAAGAAAUCUUCAUGGAAACCCAUCAUUCCAUUAGCAUAAAUCCCUCCUGCUGGCGCACAUGGGAGGACUUCUGAAUUUAAGUAUUCAUGGUUGUACAGUUGCACUCCCCAUCUGUAAUAUUUACUUUCUAAAGCAAAUUAUUUUAUGAAUAUUGCACUCUUACACACACACACUCCAAUUAUAGUUUGAGGAAAUCAAGAAAUAAACUUUAGCAAUGUGAAUAAUUGAGAGCCGAGAACCCUGUGCAAUCAUCUCUAAUCAAUGACAAGGUGUCACUUUUCUGUUCUUCUAUGCAUCUGCUCCUCAUUAAAACAAUGCACUUCAGAGUUAUCUUGGGAGCAAAUAAAAGAGGACAAACUGCUUCUGCACAUCUCUAACCUGUAAACUCACCAAGCUCAGUUACAACUACUGCCUGAAAUCCGUGCACCUUGCACCUAGCUCAACUUUAUAGGGGUCAGUGUCUUGACUGCAACAAGCUUAAAUUGAAAAAAGAAAAAAAACAUGACUGUGUUCAUGAAUUGCAUUGCCUCUUAUUACUACAGCUCAGAUAUUUCUAUAUGAAGCACUUCGAACAGGCUCAAACAUCAGGGAUUUAAUCCGUAAAUGACUGUGAAUGAAAUUCAGAUUUGAAACCUGGUUUUUACUUUGUAAAAUGACUAAUAGAUCUCUAAAGGGAAAGGUGAAGAAGAUUCUAGACAUGAGUUACCAAAGCUUGCAUAGUAGGCUAAUGCUUUCAGUAUUUAACUAAAUGUAUGGUUGCAAAGGGUAAUGGUUUCUUUGGUGGGGCGGCUGUGGCUCAGUUGGUAGAGAGAGUCGGCCACUAAUCGCAGGGUUGGUGGUUUGAAUCCAUUGAAAAAUGAGAAGCAGUGUAAAGCGCUUUGAAUACCGUUAAGGCUUAAAAAGGUGCUAUAUAAGUGCAGACCAUUUACCUUUUCUUCACAAAAAAUAAAAUUACUAUUGAAGGAUUGAAGGUCUUGUUCUGCUUUUCUCAAGUACAUACACAAUUUUUUUGAGGAGUCAUUCAUAUUUAUAUUUCAGAUUCCUGAUGUAGUAUUUGGUGUUCCUUCUCUCAUUUUAUAUAUAUAUUUGGUCUCCAUAGACAUGUUUACUGAACAAGUCAAAAGCUUGGUUAGUUGACAAUUGAAGAAGUCAUCAUAUGACAUCACUACCUACCUGCUCUGCCUCUGUUACUGAUCAAGCAAUCAGUUUAGCAGAAUAUUUGGUAUAAGCCAGCUUAGGCUUCAUACCUAAUGACUCCAUUUGUCAGUAUGUUUGAGGCAGCAUUGCUGGAAAAAAUCUAUAACUUGAAUUUAAGUGUGUGGAUGGGCAUCUUGGGCAUCUUGACUAUUUGAGGGCAACCAAACCAGAAUUUCUUUUUUUAAUUUUCUUUUUUGCAAGGGUGGAUAAAUAAAUAAAUAAAUCUAUUUUAUAUAUAUUAUAUAAUUUAUUUUUAAGACAUUAUUACUCCUGAUAUUGCUAAAGAAAGUGUUUGAUUUGUGGAAUACAGGACAUGUCAACCUUCUGCAUCAUUUUCAAAUGUACUGCUUUCUGGGUGUUUUAUACCUUUUAGCAAAGUCACAAGGACCAUUUAAAUAUUCUGUGUUAUUAGCCCAAGAUUUUUCCCUUUUUACUGCAUGAAGGAUAAUAAAUGAUGUUCUUGGGGAAUGCCUUGCAUACAAUGAAAACCUAAAAUAAAUAGCUAUGUUUUUUUAUUACUGUGUAAUAGUAACUCCAUGACUGAGUUCCACCGAAGGACAAAAGCACUGGAUCAUUCCAGGAGAUCAGAGGUGUUAUUGGAAGAUUCUGGUUUAAGGAAAUAAGUGAGGGAAAUACAUUUAUUGAUGACACUUUGUAUGGAUGGACUGCAUGAAAUGUGUGAUUAAAUCAUUAUUCUGAAACGUGAUGUCUUUCUCCUUUUCUUUUUUUUUUUUAAAUAAAAAAAAUAAAA